ACGUGAACGAGACCGCAACCUUAUACACCGAUACAAGUAAUGAGGCGGUGCUGACGGUUUCCUCUGACGCUGGGGUUUGGGAAUCAUGUGGCAGUUCCCCCCAACGCCGAAGCAGCUGGCGGCGACGGCCUUCUGCUUCGCGACGGGCGUCGCGCUGAUCGCCGUGGGGAUUCAUCUCUCCUACGCCAACGUCGCUCCCCAGCAAGCCCGCGUCCAGGCCCGCCGCGAGUUCGUCCGCGAAUACCUCCGCAAGAAGUUCGACGAAUAGCCAUCCUUCGAAGCCGCUAUUUCUGCUCAUAUUUUUCGUCUCCAGAUGACAGCAAUGAAGACUGGGCUCUCUGAUACAAUGAACACGAGAUGGAAGAAUACUGAUAGCCUCUACUCAAGAUGCCACAAAAUCUAUAAUUUUGUACAAAUGUAUAGCUGAAGCAGCCAGUCAGAGGAUGGUGUUUUCAUUGACUGCACAAUCCAUCCUUGCAUGACUUUGUGAUUUGAUUGACAUUUUUUUUUCCCUGUCGAAAUGCAUAUGUCAGUUUCUCCAUUUUGGUGAUCUUGCAUGUGGAAACUUUUUCUGCUGAACGUUUAGGGCGAGCCUUGAAGCCCAGCAAACCUGAAGAAAUUGAGCUAUUAUACAGAGCAUUCAACACCAACAAACAAAAUGCCCAGCAGCAUCCCAUGCAUUAGGACAUGCGUCGCAAUGGCUCAUGAAACCGGUGAAUCAGUUGAUGAUACUUGCUCAACUUGCUCACAGCUGGCCAUCCAUAUGAUGGAAAUGGACUAUUGGGUGUGGGGACUGCAAAAAAGAAACCUAUGAAUGUUGUCUCAGAAAAGUAUGAGACCGGAGAAUAUAUUUUUCAUUGCUAGCUCGUCAGUCAAGUGAUUUUAUUUAUGAAUCUAUAUUAUUUUGGAUUGGUUUACAUUUCUCAGAUUUCCGAAUGAAGUGUUGAUGGAUUUUUUGUAUUCUUAGGGGAUGCAUAUUUUAAGAUGUCAACCCUGGGAAGCAUGAAGAGAUCAGGCAGCAAUCCAAGUUGUUGGGGAAAAAAAUAGUGUGGGCUGAGUGAUUUGUAGUCCUGUUCCUAUCUCUUCCAUGAUCAACAGUUAAUUACUAUAUGCCUGAAUGAGGUAGUUUAUUUGCUCUCGGUUAAGCUACUUUAGAUAAUAUGGAAGGCUGCUGUAAGUUGUGAAAUUUUGUUCGGCAGUAUUAAUUGGAAACUUUAUUGACUACCAGCGUGUAUUCAACUUGUCCUCCAGCCCUAGAUUUAGGUAUGUUAACUACCAUUAUUGGUUCCUCAGCUCAGACCAUGGAACAGGUGCACAUUUUAUCAGUCCCAUUGAUUCUGUUCUGGCUUUAAGUAGGUUCAUAAUAGUGAACAGAAAAAUUAUGUGCCGGGGCGUGGCUCUCUUUUGCCACUCCAAAGAACAUUAUGUAAGUUGAUUGCCAAAAAAAAAAAAAAAAAGAAAGGUAAGUUUCUUUAUUUCCCUCUUAUCCCAGUGUGCCUCUUAACUAUACCUUGCAUGGGAGUGUUGUGCCUCAUGUCCAAAUAUUGAUAAGCACAUCACUUCAUCUCUGACCAGAGAGAAGGAUUAUAGCUGUGUAAUGAGAUGAGGCUGUCUUAUAGUUUACUAAUCAUGUGCCACCCACAGCCAUUUGUUAUGAGUUGCCUGCCUGGUGCCCCUGAGAGAAGCUCCACAUUGCAUUUGGAAUGCAACUAAUAAUCAUUUUUUAUGUUAUUCUGAACUCCAAGUAUAACUCAUUAUUCUGAACCGCAAGUAUAACUCAUAAAGAUUUUUUUUUGGUAGAAAGAGAAAUCAGAUAAAUAACAAUGAAACCAAACAACAAUACUUAAAAACAGCACAGCAUCUAAAAUUCACAAACAUAAUGAAGAUUGAUCUCUGAAAGAAGAACCGAUAUCAUCUGAAAUUGACACCAUCGCCAGAUUCCAUCUGAAACUCACAAUUAACACCAUCGCCAACCAACCAAUCUGCUACAAAGUUGGCCUCCCUUGAUGCAUGUUUAGAUUUGAAACAAGAAGAAAUAAUUUAUUGGAUGUCACCGAGCAAAAAACUGGGAGCUGCAGAAUGCAUGAGAUCACUGAGUGGCUGAAUCAUAUUUCUAUAUUAUUUUCCUGCAAUACAUAAAUAUUUGAAUGCAUUACCAAGUUCUUCCCAGGUUGGUCUUAACUGGGGACCGAUGUAGAAGCUUCAUGGACGCGAGAAGAAUAGGUUUCUCUCUUUGAGACGACCACUACCCAUCCUCCGGGGUCACCGACUCAUGAAGAAGAGAGAGGGAAAAAGAAAUGGCCGGCGUCGGCUUCCUGGCGAGAAAGAUGGAGCUCCUCCACCACCCCAACCUUUCCCACUCCCUCACCGCCUUCCUCUCCAUGUCAGAGCUCAAGCGCACCCACGCCCACAUCAUCACCUCCGGCCUCUUCUCCGACCCCUUCACCUUCGCGCGCCUCCUCGCCGCCGCCGCCAUCGCGCCCUCCGGCGACCUCCGCUACGCCAAGCUCCUUUUCGACUCCGUCGCCCACCCCAACCUCUUCAUGUACAACACCAUGAUCCGCGCCUUCUCGCAGAGCACAGAACCCAACGAUUCCGUCCACUACUACCUCCGAAUGCUCCGUUCCAGAAUAUCGCCGGAUAGACUCACCUUCCCUUUCCUUAUCAAAUCUUGUGCCGCCCUCGGCCUCGCGGAUCUCGGUCGAGGCGUCCACUGCUACGUUAUGAAGCUCGGGUUGGACUCCGACGUGUUUAUUGUCAACAAUGCGAUCACCAUGUACUCGGGUUGCGGCGACAUGAACUCUGCUCACCAGUUGUUUGAUGACAAUUCUAGCAUAGCUGAUGUCGUCUCGUGGACCGCAUUGAUCACUGGGUACUCGAAUUGCGGGGAGUUGGAUCGUGCGCGGUGGUUCUUUGAUCGGAUGCCGAGUAGGAAUUUGAUCUCUUGGAAUGCAAUGAUCGCAGGCUAUGCGCGGAGUGGCAGAGCUAACGAAUCAUGGCAUCUGUUCAAUCAAAUGCCUGAAAGAAACGUGGAGUCAUGGAGCUCGAUGAUUUCAGGGUUGGCACAAAGUGGGCUUUGCAAAGAUGCGUUGGCCGUGUUCGACGAGAUGGUUCAAAGAGAGGUGACGCCGAAUGAGCCAACUUUGGUUAGUGUGGUGUCAGCCUGCGCACAGCUGCGAGACUUGGAGCAUGGCCAGUGGGUGCAUGAUUAUGUCAAGCAGCACGAGGUUGAGCUGAGUGUGAUCCUGGGAACGGCUCUGGUGGACAUGUACGGCAAGUGUGGGAGCAUAGGUGAGGCAUUUCAGGUCUUUAAGAAGAUGCCUGCAAAGAAUGUGUAUUCAUGGAACUCGAUGAUCACCGGCUUAGCCAUGAAUGGAUACGGGCGGCAAGCAUUGACACUCCUAUGGAAGAUGAAGUUGAUGGGCAUCGAGCCGAAUGCCAUAACCUUCAUUGGAUUGCUGAAUGCUUGUAGCCACUCUGGACUGGUCGAUGAGGGCCAAAGGUUUUUCGAUAUGAUGACGAGAGUAUAUGGAAUUAGGCCGCUGCAGGAGCACUAUGGUUGCGUGGUUGAUUUGCUAGGCCGUGCAGGGCUGCUGAAGGAAGCAUUGGAUUUUGUGGACAGAAUGCCAGUGGAGCCCCAUCCAGGGCUGUGGGGAGCGCUUGCUGGUGCUUGUAGGAUCCAUGGUGAUGUAGAGCUUGGAGAGGAAGUAGGGAAGCGUUUAAUUGAGUUGGAGCCGCAUCACGGCGGAAGGUAUGUUCUGUUGGCCAAUAUAUACGCAGCUGCAAAGAGGUGGAAUGACAUGGCCAUGGUAAGGAAAUUGUUGAAGGAGAGGAGGGCGAUAAAAGUCCCAGGGAACAGUAUAGUGGAAGCACUCUCUGCAGCAUCUAUGUGAUGUUCUUAUCGUGAUCAACAGCUACAGGCUGGUAAAUUGGAUGUUGAUAGUGCUAUGCUCACAGAGGAGGGAGUUUCAGGGAAUUGUCAUUCCAAAUCAGAAAGGAGAGUUCUUUGCCGGCAUGUCUAAAAGAUUGGGGAUGGUGGGCUUUGCUAGGCAAAUUGAAGCUGAGGGGGAUUUCAAAUUUGCACAGGAUUUGGGAAUUUCUUAUAUUAUGAUAGAAGGGGACUACUAGAAAAUUUUGAUUGCAAUUGCAGACGUUAGAGCUGAUUUUCUUUGAAUGGAAGCAAAUCAUAUGAGAUAAUCGAAGAAGAAGCAGAGAUUAUGGCAUUUCUCAUAUAAAACGAGAAGGUUAUAAGGUUUGUUGCUCAUCUUUUGGUCAAAAAUGCUUGAUUAAUUAGUCGAAAAAUUGUUUGGCGGGCGGAAGGAUCUUUUAUGAUAAAUCUGCUGUUAAAAGAUAUUGUAACGAGUGUUAGGAAUUAAUAAAUUAUUUAGUGUGCUGCAAUGCUAGCAAUACACAAUUCUGAAAUAAGAAAAAGGAAAAACU